CAUUUUAAACCGCACACAAACGAAGUUGUCAGCACUGAUAAUGUUUAUAAAUUUGAAAUUUUAAUUUGAAGAAUUGUGGUGUCAAUUUAUUAUUUACUUGAUUGAACUUUAAAUGCUGCCUGUUUUAAAUAUUUAAAAGUGUGUAGAAGGCAAAAUGUCUAACGCCAGUGAUAAUUGUGCUGUAAAAAUAGCUGUGAGGGAAAGGCCUGUUCGGCAAUCCUUAAUAAACAGCAAGGAGUCCAGCGUCAUUGGAUACCACCCAAAUCCAAACAUUUUAAUCGUUGAAGAGAGGCCCUUUACUUUCGACUAUGUUUUGAGUCCUGAAGUAACCCAGGCGCAAGUGUUUGAAGAUUUAAUAAAGCCCCUGGUGAAAAAAUUGAAGCUGGGCUUCAACUGUACUGCGUUGGCAUAUGGGCAAACAGGUACAGGGAAAUCGUAUACGAUGGGAUUAGAUUCGACGAAUAUUGAGGGCGAACAUAUCGGUGUUGUACCUCGCGUUUUAAAGGAAAUAUUUUCUGCCGAGACUCAAGAUAAAGAUAACACUGAGAACGAACCCGUGUUCAAAAGAGAAAUAUCAGCCUCGUUUAUUGAGAUUUACAAUGAAAAGGUCUAUGAUUUAUUGGCGGAAAAUUCUAGCGAGCCAAUUAUUGCAAAAGGUUUCAGGUACACUGGCGGGUCCCGCAAACCUUUAACCGACAUAAAUGAGUGUCACGCCAUACUCACACAAGGUAGUAAAAAUCGUCAUGUUAGACCUACAAAAAUGAAUUCUCAAAGUUCCCGUUCUCAUGCCAUUUUUACUAUACAUCUACGUUGCAUUUUGAGGAACACGAAUGGCGAAGAGUCCAUUAUAUCGUCUUGUAUGAAUCUUGUUGAUCUAGCUGGAUCUGAAGGCGUGAGACGAACCGGUCACCAGGGUGUAGCCAUGUCAGAGGGUGUCAACAUAAACCAGGGCUUACUAUCCAUAGGAAAAGUUUUACAAGCAAUGACAAUGGGAAGUAAGGUUAUACCAUACCGUGAUAGUGUUCUAAGUUCCGUAUUACAAGAUUCACUAAAUUUGAACUCGUACUUAACAUUGUUGGCGUGUAUAAGUCCACACAGGGAGGAUUUGAGCGAAACUCUCUCCACCCUAAGGUUCGCUCAAAAUGCCAAGCAAUUGAAAAAUACUCCUCAAAUCAAUAGCAUAAUUGCAGAUAUAAAGAAAAAUGCAAAAAUCAAACAAACCCCUUACAAAAUAAAACCACUGCAAAAUAAUAUUGCCAAUAGAGCUACACCCCUAAAGAGGACAUACUCGGCCAUAAACGGAAUGCCUGUAAAGUCAGUCAUUAAAAGUAAUACCUUUUGCACGCCAAAGAAGCAGCGUGCUGAGGUGAAUAGAUGCAAUCAAACAGAAAUUACAAGCAGCAAAAGGCCAAAAUUGUCAAAUGUUGCCAUGAAUCUGCCCAACAUGGCACAGCUGGAAUCUACUCACAAUCGAGAAUCUCUCUUCAAUCGCAGUUCAGAUUCUAAUGGAUCGCUUUUAAGCUUAAACAUAUCUUCUUCCACAGCCGUUGAUGGACUAGUUAACAACAACCACAACAAAGGAAAUACGAAUUUCAGUCCGGUUAUUCGCAAAUAUAUGACAGAGUUAGAAUCCGGUUUGGAGAAAAAAUUCAUUGACAUCCUACAACGCAAUUUACAUGUCCUAAUGCCACCACAAACUCCGGCUGCCGCCACGAUGGCUCCACACCAAACACCAUUGACGCAGAGCAUGCGCCAGGAAAUUAAAAGCAUAAUGAAGGAAGUUCUUCAGGACAGUCCAAUAAAAGCAAAUGCCAAAUGUCAGCUGUUCAAUACGAGUGAAGAUAUGUUCAAAGUUCCUGAAGUACCACAAGGUGUAUUGCAUCCACCCAAAACCUCUAGCCCUAACAUGAAAAGUGAUGAAAGAGUCUCUUUCACGGAGACAUUUUUCGCCGGUGUCAACACAUCCGAUAAAAAAGAUUUGAAUAAAUCUAUAAGACGCUCGAGACGUAUUUCUGAACGCUUUGGCAUUGCGCAUUCUGUUAUUGAAAAUGAAUUCCAGAUUCCAAGUGAACCAAUAAACGAAAGCAGCAACAACACUUCAUACCUACGCAGAAGCUCGCGUCGUUCUGUUCUUCAAAGGUAUGCGGAAAAACGGAAUAAUGGACGCCUGACAACACAUAAAGAGCUCGAUGAAAUACCCGCCAAAUCAGAAACAUCAACAAAAACUCCGAAUAACAAGAAAGCCAAUAAGAGGCUAAAAGACAAUAAUAACAGUUUAAUAUCACAGAUUUGCAACAGUUCCUCGACAUCGACCAACGCCAAGUCAAGACUGAGUAAACACAGGAAAGGAGUUUUGGAACUACUCAACAAAGGUUCACUUAAAGAAAUACAGAUCUUACCAAUGAUCGGUCAAAAGAAAGCUUUUCAAAUAAUAACACAAAGAACUCUUCACGGCAAAUUCAAAACGUGGCAUCAAGUCGAGAAACUCCCGGUAUGGCGUGGCAAUGAAUGGCAGCGAUUUUCAGAGGCAAAUUGUUUGGUGUGAUUCUUAAUAAAAUUGAAAAGGCAAUAAAUAUUU